AUGGCCAAAACUCUCUUCACAGUCCCAAUCCCCCCCCUCGGCCCCCAUCCCGGCGGCUCCAUCACCGUCACCGAGCCCCAGCCCGCCGUCUACCUCCUCACCUUCCUCUCCCCGCCAGACAACCGCCUCACCACCGCCGUCUGCAAGGCGCUCCUCACGGCCCUCGACCUGCUCGAGUUCGGCGGCCACGCCCCCGGCGUCGUCAUCACCACCAGCGGCAUCCCCAAGUUCUACAGCAACGGCCUCGACCUGCAGCAUGCCGUUGACACCCCCGGUUUCUGGGCCCUGUUUUACUCUGUCUGGAAUCGACUCCUAACCUUCCCCAUGCCAACCCUCGCCCUCCUCAACGGCCACACCUACGCCGGCGGCCUCAUGCUCGCCAUGGCCCACGACUACCGCCUCGCCCCCUCCCCCAAGGGCUUCCUCUGCCUCAACGAAGUCCUCUUCGGCGCGCCCCUCCAACCCCCCAUGGCCUCCCUCUUCCGCGCAAAGCUCCCCUCCAACGCAAUCUUCCGCAAGGUCGCCCUCGAAGGCCACCGCUUCACCGGCCAGGAGGCCGUCGACAACGGCAUCGCCGAUGGGCUCUGCGCCGGAGGUCUGGAUGAUGCGCUCAAGUUUAUCGCCGAGAGGAAUUUGCUGGAGAAGCCAAAGGCGGGUGUGUACGGCACGAUCAAGGCGGAGAUUUAUAAGGAUUUGGUGAGGGAGUUGAAGGGCGCUGGUUUGGAGGCGGAGAAUGAGAGGUAUAAGAAUGAUCAGAGGACCGAGGCUGAAAGAAAAGAGUUUGGAAAGGUCUUUGCCGAGCAGUGGCUCAAGGAAAACAAGUCGAAGCUGUAA